AGUUGUGGUUCCCCGUACCACAGGGACUACCUUCUCAAACGUAGACACGCCCACAACCGAUUCUGAUCUUCUUCUUCGAACAGACUAGCUAUUCCCCACGGUGUUCGGCGGGCGGGGAACUUGGAUUUGUGAGGUCGUGUAUGGAGGAAUGAUGGAAACUCUGCACAGGAGGAUAGAGACAUGGAUCAAAGAUCAGAGUGCAAGGAUAAUGAGCCUCACUCGGCCGCCCCUGCAGUGGCCAAUGGCGGUGAAGUGGCCUUGGGGAGAUGGCAAAGAGCAGAGGAAGAGAGUUCAGGAGGAGUUUGAACGGAGAAAGAAGCAACUCAAGGAUCUCUGCUUCGCCGUUAAGGCUGAAUCUGUCUCCGAUUUGCAGGAUAUCCUUUGCUGCAUGGUGCUGUCUGAGUGUGUUUACAAGAAAAAUGCAACGGAAAUUAUACGAGUGGUGAACAACUUUAUGGCUGACUUUGGAGGAAACGUUUCUAUAGAACGUGUUCAACCCUCUUCUGAUCAUGUUCCACACAGGUAUUUGCUAGCUGAAGCAGGUAACACCUUAUUUGCUUCAUUUGUUGGGACCAAGCAAUACAAGUGCCAUAUUUCAUGAAGAUCCCACAAGAGACUUAAACGAGAAUGAAUCCACAGAAGUGGACAGUCAGAAGAACUGUGUUGAAAAUUUCUCAAAAUCUAUGGACUUGAUGCCUAAACCAACAAAACCUAUGCCAAAACCCGCAGUUCACAAGGGAUUCUUGGCUCGCGCUAAAGGAAUACCUGCAUUGGAGCUGUACAGGCUUGCCCAGAAAAAGAAGCGGAAACUUGUGUUGUGUGGUCAUUCACUUGGUGGAGCUGUCGCAGUCUUAGCUACUCUUGCCAUUUUAAGGGUUGUUGCUGCUUCAUCAAGAGAACAUGAAAAGGUUCAGGUGAAAUGUGUCACUUUCUCCCAGCCACCAGUUGGAAAUGCUGCUUUAAAAGAGCCGGAGGGAGUAGUUGUGUAGCUUGAUGACUCUUUAUAUUGGUUAUUCUUCUUCAGCUAUGUGAAUAGCAAAGGGUGGCAGAACUACUUUAAAACCUAUUGUAUUCCAGAAGAUUUGGUGCCUCGUAUACUGUCUCCUGCAUAUUUUCACCACUAUAGUACCCAGUCGCUACCAACACAUUCUGAUGCUAGUGGCUCGCUAUCCAUAUCAAAACCAAAAGGGGUUGAUAAGAAGAAUGGUGAAAGAGGAAAAGAAAAGGAUGGGGAGCAGCUAGUUCUCGGUGUAGGUCCUGUUCAGAACCCAUUUUGGAGACUAUCUAGGCUUGUGCCUUUGGAGGGUGUGAGAAGUCAGCUCUAUAAGUACAGAGGGAAGAAGGAUGAACCUCUUGAAUCAUCUGCUAACAGUGCUUCAGCAUUACCAUCAUCUCUUAAUGAUAUAUCGACCCCACAGUCUCUUGAAAUCCAGGAAGGCUCUGACGGAAUCACUCUUCAACCAUUGCCUCAGGCAAAUGGAGAUAUUUCUGGUGAAGUGAAGAAUGAAAAAUCUUCUGCCAGUAAUGGGGAGAAGAGAGCACGAAGAAUAAUUCCUUCAUUACCUUCAUAUGUACCGUUCGGUCAGCUUUUUCUUCUGGGGAGCUCAUCGGUGGAGUUUCUAUCCGGUGCAGAGUAUUCAAAACUGACAUCGACUUUUUCAGGUCAGAUCUGUGAUUGCUGAAGUAAGAGAAAGAUUUCAGUCACAUUCAAUGAGGUCAUACAGGGCUCGGUUCCAAAGAAUCUAUGAGCUCUGUAUGAGUGAUGAAACUUUGACAUUUUUGGGGAUGGAGCAAGCAAAAAAGCAAUUUCCGCAGUUGCAGAAGUGGUUAGGUAUUUCUGUUAAUGAAGGUGUCGUUGAACUUGGGCAUAUUGUAGAGUCUCCCAUUAUCCGUGCGGCUACCUCAAUAGUUCCUCUUGGUUGGAGUGGGGUUCCUAGGGACAAGAACUCUGACUCCUUGAAAGUUGACAUUGCUGGCUUUGGGUUACAUCUAUGCACACUUGUUCAAGCUCGUGUUAAUGGUCGCUGGUGUUCAACCACGGUGGAAUCGUUUCCUUCACAGCCAGAGUACUCCACUGAUAAUGGACAGUUUCCAGAAUUACAGCACAUGCGAAUUUCAGUUGGAGCUCCGUUAAGAAGGCCACCGAAGCACCACUUGGGUGAUGACAUGCUAUCUACAAUGUUCCCUCCUAUUAAUUCUUCCCACAUUGAUUUGAAAUCAAUGCAGGGUGCUACUUCAUCCAGUGAGGGAAAUUUUAUACGCACCCAUGGGUUAGAUCUUGUCAUUUUCUGCCAAACGGAUUUUGCUACCAUUUCAAGAGAGGUUGACAUCAGGACUCGCAGGGUGCGAUUGGUUGGCUUAGAGGGCGCUGGUAAAACUUCUCUUUUGAAGGCAAUUUUGAGUCAAGGAAGAAGCACUUCCAGUGACUGUACUGAGAAUCUACUAGUGGAUGCGGACGUUCAAGAAGGGCUAAUUGGUGGCUUGUGCUACUCAGAUUCAUCGGGAGUUAAUUUGCAGAAUCUGAAAAUGGAGGCAUCCUGUUUCAGAGAUGAACUAUGGAAAGGAAUCCGUGAUCUCAGUAAGAAGACUGAUUUGAUCAUUCUUGUUCAUAACUUAUCUCACCGAAUACCUAGAUACAGCGAACCAACUUCAUCCCACCAGCCCAAACCGGCUCUUUCUCUUUACUUAGAGGAGGCUAAAUCUCUUGGAAUUCCUUGGGUUCUUGCCAUUACAAACAAAUUCUCUGUGAGUGCAAAUCAACAAAAGGCAGCCAUUGAUUCUGUUCUACAUGCAUAUCAAGCAUUUCCAAGCACAACUGAGGUCAUCAAUUCAUGCCCCUAUGUUAUGCCUAAUGCAUCCGACAGUCAUCAGUCUUGGAAAACAGAGGAGGGAGAUCCGAGUGAACCAAUGGGUGCUCAUAAGCUGAUAUUCGCUCCUCUUAGAUUUGUUACAAGACCUUUCCAGAACAAAGUUUCAGUGUUCCCAGUGGAGGGUGUAUCUAAUCUUUGUAAUAUUGUGCACCGUGUGCUUCGAAGCUAUGAGGAAGCUUCUUUUCAGGAACUCGCGAAAGACAGACUUUUCUUGGAACUGGUUAGGGAGCGAGAAGUUGUUGCCAAUGCAAACAGAGAGGCCAUGACUAAGGAAAAUUCUAUUUCUGCUGCAACCAUUGGGGCUUCUCUUGGAGCUGGUGUUGGCAUUGUUUUUGCAGUUGUCAUGGGAGCUGCUUCCGCUUUGAGAAAGCCUUGAAAAUUUUGGCAUUCUUUUUUUUUUGUUUCUUGAAAUAACUUUUUUUUUUUAAUUCAAAUGUGAAUAUCUGUACAAUAUAGUUUUAUAUUUGUUAGGCAGAGAAGGGUAUAAUUGAUUUAUUAUUCAUUUAAUUGAUUUUACCAUGAGUCCAUGACCUUU